UCCCUGCAGGCCACCCCGCACCGCGACAUCAGCCGCCGCGUGGCCUCCUUCCGCUUCGAGCUGCGGGAGGACUGGCGUCCAGAGCUGCCUCCGCAGCCCACACUCUGGGCGCGGAUGGCGAGUGACGGUGCCUGGAGGCCCUGUAAUGACACUGAGCCUCUGGCCUUGUGCACUGGCGACUUUGUGAUCCAGGGGACCCUCCACAGGAUUGCCCACGAACAGCUGCAGGCGUCUGUUGUCACUGUGGCAGCUGUCCGGGUCCUCCGCCAGGCACUGCCGCUGUUCCAAGUGGGGGGCUCUGGGGGCCCGGUCCCGGCCUCCAUUCGCACCCCACUGCGCUGUGGCAUCCGCCCUGGCCCUGGCACUUUCCUCUUCAUGGGCUGGAGCCAUUUUGGUGAGGCCUGGCUUGGCUGUGCACCCCGCUUCCAGGAAUUCAGCCGUGCCCGUACCAACCACCUCUGCCCCUUUGGGGUGGCGCUGGACUGAGGGAUGUGGGAGGAGGGCUCUGGAGAGAGGCCACGAGGAGGGUGGUGGGGACGGGGAGGUCUCCAAAGGGCGUCACAGUACCAACUGCUUCUGAGGGAGUGGCAAUGACCAGUAAGAAUACUGACUUCAGUAGUCAAUGCAGGUCGCGUGUCUGGUACCAGAGCCCAGCCUCCUUUACACUGCGGGAGGCUGAGGGCUGUGGCGUCUUGUCUGAGGCCACCCAGCUGGUGAGUGGGGCAGUGGCCCAUGCCCGUGCCCAUGCCCUGGAGAGGGGGUGCUGCUGGGCGGGGCGGGCAUGGACUCCC